CUUUGGGCUCACUGGCAUUCAUGUGGGCUUUGAGUCUCUGGAACUGGAUGAAUCCAUCCAAGGGAUUCGUGCAAACAGAAAACAGGUUCAAUGUUAUCUCUCUAGGGCCAACAAAAAGCUGGCCGGAAACGAAUUAACUGUUGCCAAGGUAAUUGUAAAGCACCCGAGGGAAGUUGGGUUGACAAAGAGUCCCAAGUCUGAGUAGUGGGCGGAAAACAAGAUGGACUGCCCACGGAGUUGGAAGGAAAGCAACCCAGCGGGGCGGUAAUGCACAACGGAGUUCGGGAUAACGAUGCUCUGGAAGCCGGGAAAGGGGCACCGAGGUUCGGACCCCACACGCACUCUCUUCACUUCGAAGACCACGACUUCGAGGACCCCGGGUGGCGCAUGUUCCAGUGUGUGCAGGCCGCACUUCCUGGGCAGGGAGGCGCCGGGGGCUACGUUACCAGCUCGGCCGAGAUUAGGAAGAAACAGCAAGAAGUGGUGGGCUUUUUGGAAGCCAAUAAAAUAGACUUUAAGGAACUGGACAUCGCCGGGGAUGAAGACAACAGGAAGUGGAUGAGAGAGAACGUGCCCGGGGAGAAGAAGCCUCAGAAUGGGAUUCCUUUGCCGCCUCAGAUCUUCAAUGAAGAGCAGUAUUGUGGGGAUUUUGACUCUUUCUUCUCUGCAAAAGAAGAAAAUAUUAUUUAUUCAUUCCUUGGUUUGGCUCCCCCUCCAGGGUCGAAGGUGACAAAGCCCGAGGAAGCUUCUUCCCUUCCCAAUGGAGAUGUGGCAGGAGAGGCAGAAGGCCCUGCAGAGGGAACAGAGAAGGCCGAGGAAAGUGGAGAAAAUGAGGCACAGAAAGAGGACAGUGAAGACACCCAAGAGAAGAAUGAAGAAGAGGGAGAAGAGGGAGCGGGAACAACAGAAGAGACAGAAGAGGUGACAGAGGAAGGAGCAGAGGGAGAGGCUGAGGAAGGGGAAGCUGAGGAAGAAGCAGGAGAAGGGGAAGACUCUUAGGCCUUUCAGGCCUGUUCAUCAACUAUCCCAGGAUAUCCAAGCCAUGAGGCCACAUUUCAACUCUCUCCACUAAGUUGGUAGCAUUCCUGGGGUUCACCGAGGACUGUGCCCUGUGAUGCAGCUGGGUGUGUUUGGGUUCCCACUGCACUGAAUCACCGUGAGCUGAAUGUGAAGACUGCACGCAUACUGUGCCUACAAUUCUUGGUCUUUGCUUAAUUUUUGUUUCUUUUGCUGCAUACAAAUAGACCUUCCAUUAAUACUCUGCAAACAGGAUCUUACUGUGAUGCAGCGGGAGUAUUUCCCUGUGUACUGCUUGUUUAAGGCUUGGCUUUCAAGAUGAAACACUUCCUGGAGAGUAAUCGUAAAUAAAGAUUGACAACCAGAA